GGCGCCGGGCGGAGCGGGGCACACGGCGCGGCCCGGCACAGCGCGGCUCGGCUCGGCACGGCGCAGCUCCUCUCCGCUCUCUCGACAUGGCAUCCAAGUGCCCCAAGUGCGACAAGACCGUGUACUUCGCUGAGAAGGUGUCCUCCUUGGGCAAGGACUGGCACAAGUUCUGUCUGAAGUGUGAGCGCUGCAACAAGACCCUUACCCCAGGCGGGCAUGCUGAGCACGAUGGGAAGCCCUUCUGCCACAAGCCCUGCUAUGCCACGCUGUUCGGCCCCAAAGGGGUGAACAUUGGCGGGGCUGGGUCCUACAUCUAUGAGAAGCCGCAGAUCGAGGGGCAGACUGCUCCAGGGCCCAUCGAGCACCCCGUGAAGGUGGAGGAGAGGAAGGUGAACGCUGCUCCUCCCAAGGGGCCCAGCAAAGCCUCCAGCGUCACCACCUUCACCGGGGAGCCCAACAUGUGCCCACGCUGCGGCAAGAGAGUCUACUUUGCCGAGAAGGUGACUUCCCUGGGGAAGGACUGGCACCGGCCCUGCCUCCGCUGCGAGCGCUGCAGCAAGACCCUGACCCCGGGGGGCCAUGCUGAGCACGAUGGACAGCCCUACUGCCACAAGCCCUGCUAUGGCAUCCUCUUCGGGCCAAAGGGUGUCAACACCGGAGCUGUGGGAAGCUACAUCUACGACAAAGACCCCGAGGCAAAGAACCAGCCCUAGAUGGCAGCCCCCUGCCCGUCCACCUGCUCUGUGCCCCAUACUAACCUGCUCACAGCCAGAGCAGACCCUUGCCAGGCUGGCCACGGAGCUGUGCUCUCUCUGCUGUCUCUACUCUGGGCAGGAUGGCCCUGCCCUCCGGGUUAUAUAUCAUAGUCUUUAAUAUAAGCUUCAGUGUUUAAAGGCAAAGGUAGAAGGUGUUUCUGGUGGUUCCCAAUGCGCUCUGCCCUCCCCAGCCCUCCCACAAGAGCAGGAGGCAGCAGGACAGGUGUGGGGAUGUCACUGUGUGCAGGGGACAGCGGGUGGCACCUGAGGGGCUGAGAGCAGGGGAAGGUGCUGGCAGAAGCCCCACCAUGGGAGGGAACUCCCUGCUGCCCCCCACACCGAGGGUGAUGGAGCCAGGCAGGCAGCCUGUGGCACUUGGAGACAGUGGCUGGUAGUCAAUGCCCAGCCCUGUUCCUCACCAGCUGCUGGGGUACAUGUAAGACCCCAAGGGCUCUGGCCCGUGUAGCAGCACUGCCCUUCUCCUGACCCUUCCCAGGCUCUGUUCCCUGACUCUCAUUCUCCCCAGGCCCCACAGCCUACCCCAGUUGCCUUUGGGGUUGCAGUGUUGGGCACCUCCCCACAUCCCCAUCCUUGCCACCCCCUGUACAUGCCCCGGGGCAGGUGCCCAACCCGCUCUGCCAGCUGGUUUGGGUUGGUGCCACCCCCCUGCACCCCCUUGCAGAGCCCAUGCUGGGGGGCAGCCAGUGGGCACAGCCCCAGGGGGCUGGGCUGGGCAGAGCGCAUUGGGCUGGCGGCUGGGCAGCAGGAUGCCCACCUGCUUCCCACACCCACAGGCUUCUCCUUCCUGGUGUUUAUUUAUAAGCAGUUGUAAAUGUGUCCCUUGCUUUUGGAGAAUGACACGUGCCCCUCAGUCUCACUCCUCUUCCCCUGUGCACCCCCAGCCCUGCUGCUGCCCAGGAGGCUGGCGGGGGCUGGUGCCUGGGACUCCUCAGGACAGUUGAGCCCUGGGGUGCCAGCACUCUGCUCUCUCCAGGCCCCCUGCACUGCUGUGGGGAUGACUUUUGUUAUUUACUGACAAUAAAGGUUUUGAGAGAU